AUGCUACAUCAAGUCUUGGAUCCCUUCAGACUACGGAAGCUGACGGUGGUAAGAUAUCACAAGCUGAUCUUGGAGCGUUUGGACAAUGAGCCGCUCCUGGAAGCCUUCGGAAUCGACGCCGGCUUCAAUAUGCAGGCCUAUUUCAUGAUCCUCCAUGCCUGGCUUUUGCACCAAAGACUGGUUCUGGAAGGCUCUAAGGCCAAAAAGAUAGAUGAAGAGUUGUUCGAGCAAUGCUGGAACAUGGCCAGGUCCUGGCUGGUGCUCAAGAGAGUCCCAGAAUAUCGAUUUGAUGCAGAGUUGCAGAAUGUGCAAGAGUAUAUGCUUGGAGCCUGCAUUGCCAUGGACAAGGCGUUGGAGAGGCCGGACGUGUUGCCAGCACGCGUGCAGCAAUGUUUAUGGGCCAACAUGUACUCAGGGUCAGUCAAAAAAGACCACAAGGGUCUCAUGCGCUUGACCAAGUGCCCCCCAGGGAGGUACUACAUAAAGCAGUGGACAUUGGCGCACAGUGUGCUCCACUCUGCACGUCAUGUGGUUGGCCUGACUACACAUUGUAUGCAUUUGUAUAUGCUAGACAAUACUGGUGAUACUAGACAACCACAUGCAUAUGCCAGUCUUGUGGUAUGCAUUGUAUGGUUGGAUACAAGACUGGCACCCUCCUUAAGGCCGCUUGACAUGCCCCGGAUGUAA